GAUUCUCGCUGGGCUCCACCAUCGAGUCGCACACCAAGGGCAUCUGGAUGUGGUGCCUGCCCCACCCCCGCCGGGCCGGCCACACCCUGGUGUUGCUGGACACCGAGGGGCUGGGCGACGUGAAGAAGGGCGACACCAAGAACGACGCGUGGAUCUUCGCGCUGGCCGUGCUGCUCAGCAGCACCCUGGUCUACAACAGCAAAGGGACCAUCGACCAGUACGCCAUGGAGCAGCUGCACUUCGUGUCGGAGCUGACAGAGCACAUCAAGGUGAAGGCGCAGGGAGGGGACGACACGGAGGAGGACACGGAGUUCGUCCGCUUCUUCCCCAGCUUCGUCUGGGCCGUGCGGGAUUUCACGCUGGAGCUGAGGAUCGAGGGGCAGCUGGUGACGGAGGAUCAGUACCUGGAGCACGCGCUGGCCCUGAGGAAAGGCAACAACAAGAAGGUGAUGGAAUACAACCUGCCGCGUCAGUGCAUCCGCAACUUCUUCCCCACCCGCAAGUGCUUCGUGUUUGUCCAGCCGACAUCGCGGCAGGAGAUGGGCCAGCUGGACUUGCUACCCACCAGUGCCCUGGACCCGCAGUUCCUGGACCAGACCCGCCGGUUCUGUGAUUACGUCUUCCAGUGCUCCCACGUCAAGACGGUCAAAGGAGGGAUUCCGGUCAAUGGGCGAAGGUUCGGCUCCUUAGUGCAGAGCUACGUGGGCACCAUCCGCAGCGGGCAGGUGCCCUGCCUGGACAACGCGGUGACCGCCAUG